UCCAGCACAUGCCGAGAAAUCAAGAAUGGAGCAGAAGAAAACGUAACGAAAAGCUGGAGCUGGCCCGUAGAUAGAAUGGGAGUGGUAUCCGUCCUCUCUCUCUCUAUCCCGUUUCCGCCCCGCCGCCGACGGGUCUUCCCGCCAAAACUCCGUUCCCCGGGUUCCUUCUUCGUGACCAAACCCGUCUCCAUCGAGCUCCCUCCUCCGGGUCCCUCUCGCAAAUCCUAUCCUCCUUGCAGCAGCAACGGCGAGGAGUCCGAGGAGUCUCUGUUCCUAGACGAAGAUGGAGUGGUCGACGACAUUGACGGCUAUCUCAACUAUCUCUCGCUUGAAUAUGAUUCCGUUUGGGACACCAAACCCUCAUGGUGUCAGCCAUGGACUAUAUUGCUUACUGGAGUUAUAGUAGUUUCAUGUAGCUGGCUAUUCCUUCAUUCGUUAAUAAUCACUGCUGGAGUCCUCUCUUUGAUAUGCGCAUGGUGGUAUAUCUUUUUGUAUUCUUAUCCUAAGGCAUAUUCAGAUAUGAUAGCCGAGAGGAGAAAAAAAGUUACCAGUGGACUUGAAGAUACAUUUGGUCUUAGAAAGAGUCAAUGAUCUAAGCAUCAAAAGCCUGUGAUUCUUUUGCUUCCUUUAAAACCUUACUCUAGAUUAAUGGAAAAGGUAAAGACGUAGGCCAGCUAGAACUGGCUAACAUAUUCUGUACUCUUUGAGAGUUUCUAGGAAAGCAGGGAAGAUUUGACUUUCACAAUUCUAAAGAAAAUGAAUGGGAGAAAAGAUUAACAAGAAGGAAGACUCCUGCCCAUGAAACUCUGUUAUAUUCUGAUUAGUUUUAGGGAUCCUUUGUUAGAAGAGCACGUUGAUCAUUUUUCUUUCCCCAUUUGUUUCUUCUUCAUGCCUAUUUAUAUUGCUUCAGUUUGUUUUUCUGUGUUUUUCUUGAGUUUUACUUUUUUGCUUUGAAUAUGUAUAACGAUCAAGAGUUGUUUUUGGGGAAUCAGAAAUGUGGUUUUCCUCUUCAUCUUUCUUGCCAUGUUGGUCCUGAUCUCCAAUGAUUGAAGUCAUGUACAUAUGCAUUGGAUAUAAUAUGUUGGUCCUAGUCAAAAAAAUAUGAUUUUUGGUUAUGGAUUAACAUUUUUCUGAUGUGUUAA